ACCUCUUUUCUUGCUUUUCCUCAACCAAUGCCGAUACUGUAUUUUCUUCACCUGCUAAAGGUGGACACCAAAAAAUGGUUAACCAUGGAACUUGUUGCUUCUGGCUUCCUGCUCACACCCAAGUUCUGUUUCUUGGAGCAACAUCAUGUUUUUUCUUCGGGAAGCAACAAUCUAAUAAGUGAGACGGUAGGCGAACCUCAGCAGCAGGGGGGGAAAAGAAAAACUGCUAAAAUCAGUGAAGCAGAUCAGCCUGCCUACAAAAAAGGGAAGAGUAUUAAAGACGCAGAAUAUAGGGAGAGAAAGAAGGAAAAAUACCUGAAAUUGGAGGAGGAGAAUAAUGCCUUGAAGUCUGAAAAUCAAGAACUAAAACGUGAAAUUGAGCAACUGAAGUCCGAGAACGUUACGCUUGGAAGUCAACUUAAAAUAACAGACCUUGAACGUCAGAAUGAGGUAUUGAAACUCGAAAACCAGUUGUUGAAUGUGAAGAAUGAGAAGAAAGAUAUCGAAAGGGAUCUUGAGAUUGCCAUACAAAAUCAAAUGGCUCAGCCUGAACAGCAUCCCAUUUACAAUCAAAUGGCUCAGUCUGGACAGCCUCACUUUUACCAUCAGUUGGCUCAACCUGGACAGCUUCUGCCUCACAAUCAGUUGGCUCUGCCUGCACAGCCUUUUAAUGACGGUCUAGUGCCUCAACAAGAAUCUGAAUCUAGAAUUUCGGGAUCUCCUCCCAAACUUGGACAGAGACUGUUCCCGAAUAUUGUCCAACCGGAGGAAGCAUUCUCCAAGACUAAUUCCUCUUCGACCAUGCUGCCUCUAAGUUCUGAGCCGAGACUUGAGCAGAGCGCCUACUGUAAGGAACUUUUUCAAUUUGAAGAAAUCUCAGAAAUUUCACCCAGUUUUUUUUGCCAGAUGUAUAACUUGAAGAUCGUAAAGCUUAGCGGAUGUCGCAAGUUGAAGGAACUUCCAGUUAGCAUAGGUUUACUGAAGAAGCUGACUUAUGUGGAUAUAUGUGACUGCUCUUUGUUAGAUCAAAUGCCCAAACAACUGGCCUCUCUUUCAGAACUUAGAGUCUUGAAGGGCUUUGUGAUUAGUGAUCAUGUAAAGUCCUGUUCUCUUGAUGACUUGACAGCACUAAAGAAGCUGGAGAAACUAAGCAUCAGCAUAAUACACAAAUACGACUUCCGAGAACAACUGAGCACUGCCAUCCCUAAAUUUGAAAACCUUAAGAAACUACAAAUAGCAUGGGGAGGGGCUAAAUUAACAGCUGGAGCAGAAGAAGAAGAAUCUGAGGAAUUGAGUAGCAGAAAGAAACCAACAGAUGAUGAGAAAAAGCAGAAAAAAAUAGCCGAGAAGAGAAGAGAGAACAGAACGAAAGAUAGUGACGCAGCUCAAUCUACCGUCGCCAAUCAGUAUAAGCAAAAGGAGAUUAAAGAGGACAGAAGGAAUAAAAGUGAUGCAGUUCAAUCCACAAUCAACAUGGGUAAGGCAGAGAAUGAAAUAAAGCCGGUUAAGGAAAGAAGUACAAAAAUAGCAGGGGCUGAAAAGGGGGACGGGAGCAAAGAUAACACAAAGCCAUGGGGUAUUAAACAUUUUAAAAAAUCUAUGAGCACACUACUACAUUUUGCAUCUACAGCUACAAAUUCUUGGCUAUAGUAUGUAUUAUCAUACCUAAUAUAUACAUAUAGUCAUGAUGGUUAUAUUCCAUAACUAAUUGUAUUUUCUUUAGCAACAUGUCUGAAACUUUCAAAAUCAGUAGUUAAUUAUUGCUAUGAUAAAAUACUUUUACGGCA